AUGCACAAACGUGGUAUGCUUAUUUUUACUGGAUCUAUUGGAGUUGGAAAAACAUCAACUAUUGAUGCAUUUAUGAAAUAUUUUGAAACAGAAAGUGUUGGAAGAAUAAAAGAAUAUAUUGAUUAUUCACCAAUAGAAGGAAAAAAGUUACUUAAUGGAGUAACGAAUGGAACAAUAAGAAAUUAUACAUUACAAAAGUUUAUUAUUCAAUGUUAUAAAGAACAAUUGGAAAACAAUAAAAAUAAAAAAUUACUAAUUUUUGAACGUCAUCCUCGUGAAGCAUUAAAAGUAUUUUGUGAAAUAGAUAAAACAUUAACAGAAAAAGAAAAAGAAGAAAUUAAUGAAGAAAUAAGUAAAAUAGAAAAAGAAUAUGAAAUAAAAUAUAAUGAAGAAUAUUAUUUUUAUUGUGAUGUUUCAACUAAUUAUUUAACUCCAGAAGGUGUUGCAUUAGCUAUUUUAUCUAGUUUGAGUGGAAGUGAUGUAAUAAAAUUUGAUCAUUAUGUACAUGUUAUUUUUUUAAGAUGUGAUUUUGAUUUACAAAAGAAAAGAAUUAUAGAAAGAAAUAGAGGAAUUAUUUCAGAAAUAAAUUUUGAUUAUAUUAAACAAGUUAAUGAAUGUUAUGAAAGUUGUUAUAACAAAAAUUAA